AUGCCUUUAAGUGCUGUACAACCUGAAGAAAGGAGUGUCUACGUCACGUUACAGAAUAGUCCAUUUGUCUAUUCACUUAUUUAUUUAUUCAAUCCAUCACUGCUGCCUCCUGGAAAACGCCAAAAAAUUCCUUAUGAGGCUUUCUUGGAUAACCUAAUUUACAAGCAGAAGUUUGAUUUGAAAAAACGACAAGAAUGGCGAAAUGUCACGAAAGAUGAAAGACACGGAAAUAUUACGAUAAGGGAAGUAUGGAAUCUCGCCACUGGAUUCCACGACGUGAGGAGCAGAUCUGACUGUUGUUCGCUAAUAUCAACCGGCACAAAUUUCUGUCCUGCAUCUUUCUGA